AUGAGUUUGGGACCAUCUGCGUACGAACUAGUAGAAUACAGAGAAAAAAUGAAUGGUGGUUCCGAUACAUUUGAUGAGGUCGUUCUGAACUUGCAUUUUUUCUACUUUUGGAACAACGGGGAUGAACAAUUACUUAAUUACAUUAUAUCACAGUCGAAUUUGGUUUUUGAAAGCGCAUUAUAUUUGAGGGAGACAGAACAUCAAGUAGUGACUAAUUGUAGAUCAAUUUUAAUAUUCAACCAAGCUAAAUCUUACAAAACUUUCGCAAAUAAGUCAAAUCUUAUCGAUUAUUUAUUUAAUUUCGCAACUACACUAGAUAAACAGAGUCAUAUAACACAAGAUUCGUAUUUUGAUAUAAUAAAUAACAUCACAGGACUUUCAACGUAUUUAUUUGAUAAAUUUAAGACAAAAGAAUAUAUACAGAUACUAGUAAAUAACUUAGAUAUCGGUGAAAGUUACGUUUUCCUUACUCUUCUCCUCGUAAAUGGCAAGGAAAUUUCAUUCCUAAAAUCAAUAAAAUUUUUAGACAUGAUUGUCGAAAAAAUAGUCGAGAAUUCAACAGCAUCGAACAAUGCGCAGAGUAUAAUUAUUAAAUCAUUCGAUUCUUCUUUAUAUUCAAAUAUUAUUACUUCAUUAAUGCGCGAAAACAGACUCGCUCAGAUAAUUGAUAAUGCAGUUAAAUUACCCGAUGCAGAAACAAUCGAAUUUUUACGAUAUCUAGCUCAAGAAGCGAGUUAUCAUUUUGGUAUUUCUCAAUGGAAAACAGUUAUUCAUUUAAUUGAUCUCAGAUUAGCAGAAUUCAUCGAUAUACUUACAAAUCAAGAGAUAUUUACUCAAAUUUCUGAAUCUGUGUGUUCAUUAGCGAUUGCUGUACUAAAUUAUAGAAAAAUUGCUUCAGAAAGCAUGAAUUCGAUCUUCUACAAACUCUCUUCGGACUUUUUCAAGUUCAAAUGCAACACUUUUCUCCAUAAUUCAUUUUUGAAAUUAAUUGAAAGCUACAAAUCAAAUAAACUGCUUACCAAUGAGAUCCUUACUAAGUCACAGUUAUUUGAGAACAUAAUGCAAGCGUUUGAUUCAUUUGAUAAGUUGACUUGCGUUUAUUGGGGACAGUUGUAUCAAAUUUCGAAAUUAAUCAACCCAUAUUUCAAGAGUAAUGACCAGAAAAUGAUAAAUGAUUGGACGAAUGUGAUGAAAAUCGUAAAUCAAGCGAAUAAAAUUGUAAAUACUUCAUAUGGCGGAAGACUGCCAUUCUUCAUGGGAUUGCAAAGGUUUAGUUAUGAUAAUAUCAUUGCCUUUGGAGUCGGAAUCUUUUUCAUUGUUGCUUUAAUAUAUAUUUUAGUGUAUGGAACAAAUUAA